UCUCUCUUUGGUUCAUUUCCUAUUCCACUGGACAGUUUCAGACGAUUUUUCUGAUCUAUCGCCACUAUCCUUGUUCAUGAAUGUUGCAUUUUUAGUAUUUGUUGAUUCCAGCAGAUUUCACCCUUUUGAUGAAAAAUUCACAUUCAUUGAUCGUUCUUUGUCGGUUAAUCUUUCCGUUUGGUCACUUUCUUGAAAUAUUAUGUGGUUAAUUUGGAUGCGUCUAUGUAAAUUUCAUAAUCAUGUGACGAGCUGAAUAAGGCUAAGUGAGAUUUUUUGGGGUGAGAAACAUGGUCUAAUUUUAGGGCUUUUAAACCAUUCAUCUGAAGUGAAGAGAGCUAGAUAGUUGUACAUAAUGGCAUGUAAGGGGUUCUGGGAAUGCAUGUUGAAGCUUUUGAACUUCUUAUUGAUGGUUGUGGGUUUGGCUAUGGUCGGAUAUGGCAUAUACCUCUUUGUGAAGUACAAGAACAUUGCUUCCUCUGGCGGUGAUGCGCACCCUACCCCGUUAAGUCUGGAGCUUGUACAGCUCGGUCGGCCCAUGCUGCUAGCUGUGUCUUUGGCCAAUAAUAUUUUUGACAAACUGCCAAAGGCAUGGUUUAUUUAUCUCUUCAUUGGAAUUGGUGUGGCUGUUCUUUUUGUUGCUUGUUGUGGUUGCAUUGGAACGACAACUCGAAAUGGGUGUUGCCUGACUUGUUUUUCAAUACUGAUAGUCUUGUUGAUACUGGUGGAGGUGGGAUCAGCUGCUUUUAUAUUCUUUGACAAAAGGUGGAUGGAGGAAAUUCCAACUGACAAAACUGGGAACUUCGAUAAGAUAUAUGAAUUUCUGGAGGACCAUUGGGAAAUUGUCAAGUGGGUUGCGUUUGGAGCUGUCAUACUAGAGACAAUUAUAUUUUUGUUAGCACUCAUUGUAAGGGCUGCUAAUAGACCAGCAGACUAUGAUAGUGAUGAAGAAUAUAUAGGUGCACCGAGGCAACAGAACCGACAACCAUUAAUUAAUCGGCAAACUGUUCCAACCACUGGUGUCUCUGCCGCUAAUACCCUUGACCAGCGCCCCAAUAGGAAUGAUGCAUGGAGUACGCGUAUGAGGGAAAAGUAUGGAUUGGACACUUCAGAGUUCACAUACAACCCCUCUGAGGCAGGCAGGCACCCGCAAGCUGCUACACAACCAGCUGAGGAAGGGAGUCGCUGCAUGAUAAUGUGAUGGUGAUGCUUGGUUUUGCUCGAAUUGAUUUAUUCUGAACCGGAUUGUAAUUACCUGGUGUGAGAUCUUUGUAUCUUGUGAGCUCAGUACUAGACAAAAAAUACGAUUUGUCGGUCGGCAUUCAUUUGAAGUCUUGUUGUUUCGCCCUUCCGUGAAUGCUUCUCUCAACUUUUCAGAAAGAGCUGUUUGCCAUCAUGUUACUUUAGGCAGAUUUUUGGGUGAUAUGUUAUAAUGUUGUGUGAAGUGAAUCGAGGUAUUCCUUUUACUUGGAAGUAUUUUGUUAUUGGGUUCA